UAGGCGUUGCGCACACUAACACAAAAAUGGCGUCUUUGCAGACGCUCCUACCUGCUCCUACACAGUCUGUUUUCGAUCGAGGGGAUGAAGACCGUGCAAGAAAACUUGCCGCUCCAUCAACGCACGUUGCGCUCACGAUGCGGUCUGCACCACCCUAUGGUAUGCGAAAGGGCUGGGUUCCCAGAAGUCUCGAAGACUACGGCGAUGGCGGCGCCUUUCCUGAGAUCCAUGUCGCGCAAUAUCCGAUGGACAUGGGCAAAAAGAAGGAUAAGACCACUUCAAAUGCACUUCCAGUUCAGAUCGACGCCCAAGGAAAGAUCAAGUACGAUGUUAUUGUACGACAGGGUCAGUCGAAGGACAAGGUAAUUUACCACCGAUAUCAAGACAUGCUGCCGUCGGAGAUCACAACCGAUGACGACCCGACCCUACAGAAACCGGAUGAAGAGGCAAUCGAGAAAACUACCGAGGAAACCCGGUUGGCGCUGGAAAAGCUAACUCAGUCAAAAAUUUCGGCAGCAAUGCCGGUUAGAGCGGCUGAGAAAACUGCUCCUGCUCAGUACAUUCGCUACACGCCGUCUCAGCAGGGUAUGUCGUUCAACUCGGGCGCGAAACAGCGCAUUAUUCGGAUGGUUGAAGUGCAAAAGGACCCCAUGGAGCCGCCAAGGUUCAAGAUCAACAAGAAAAUCCCGCGUGGUCCCCCGUCACCACCGGCGCCCGUGAUGCACUCGCCGACACGUAAGGUGACGGUCAAGGAGCAACAGGAGUGGCGCAUCCCGCCCUGCAUCUCCAACUGGAAAAACGCCAAGGGCUACACCGUACCGCUGGACAAACGCCUAGCCGCCGACGGCCGUGGCCUGCAGCAGGUGCACAUCAACGAGAACUUCGCCAAGCUGGCCGAGGCACUGUAUAUCGCCGACAGAAAAGCUCGGGAGGCCGUCGAGAUGCGGGCACAACUCGAGAAAAAGCUUGCCCAGAAGGAGAAGGAGAAAAAGGAGGAGCAUCUGCGCCAGUUGGCUCAAAGGGCCCGAGAAGAGCGCGCCGGCAUACGCACGCAGGCCGCCGCCGCGACAGUGGACGAGGAUGUGCGCGAAAGGGACCAGCUGCGCCACGAGCGACACAAGGACCGUCAGCGCGAGCGUAACAUCGCCCGCGCAGCGCCGGACAAGCGCUCGAAGCUGGAGAAGCAGCGCGAGCGCGACAUCAGCGAACAGAUUGCGCUGGGCAUGCCCGGUGCACGCCCUGCCGAAGUGCAGUUCGACCAGCGGCUCUUCAACCAGAGCAAAGGGCUGGACACCGGCUUUGGCCACGACGACGCGUAUGAUGUCUACGACAAGCCAUGGCGCAGUACUCAGACAGGCGUCUACCGACCCAAAAAUCAAGACAAAGAAGUAUACGGAGAGGACCUUGAAAAGCUUAUGAAAACUUCACGAUUUGUGCCCGACAAAGAGUUCUCAGGAACAGAUCGGUCAUCACGGCGUGAUGGUCCUGUACAGUUUGAACGGCUAGAAGAGGAAGAUCCAUUUGGUUUGGAUAAGUUUUUGACAGAAGCUAAGAAAGCCAGCAAGAGGCCUACCGAGGAGCAGGACCACCACAGGGACAAAGGCAAACGGCGUAAAGAAUAAAAAAAAAGAAUGUUUCCUAUGCAGUGCUGAGUAACAUGAACCAUGCUGGCGCAUGUGGCUCCCAGUCCUCGUAGCCUGUUCUUGUAGGGUCAUCAUUGGAAUGCUGUAUUGGCACUCAUGAUCAUCCCUGCAGGAAUGGUUUCUUUUGAUGCGAGCUCUUGGUUUGCAGCACAGUUAUGUUGGUUGCAGGCAUUCUGUAUAUCGAUGCUUGGGUUAACACGUUCUUAUAUGUGUCCAUAUGUUUGGUCACCAUGUUGCUAGCAGCCAUAUUGCACAUAGUGACCCUCAGGAAUGUGGCAUUAACUAAAUGCUCACUGCAGUUGAGUAGAGCUGUUACCACAUGUAUAUUGGGGGUGUGUAUUGUUCACUCAUUCAAGGUUUACUUUGAUGCCUCAAUUCGUUUAAUGUUUUGCAAUCAUAUGUCUGGUAUCCGCUUGCAGUGACCUAGAGUCGCUUAUGUUUUUUUUUUAUAAUUUUUAAACUACUGUGUUUUUUGUUGCAUUUCCAUAUGUGAAAAGAAUGUUCACGUGUCACUCCUGCAUGAAUAAAAGCAAAUAAUACUGUCCUUUUACACUAUUCUUUAGAGUAACAGUAAAAAACGAAAGUACGUGCAGAUAUGGUACUAUUUUCUCCUCUAGGGGGUAUGCACUUGACGGCUUCCACGAGGAUCGCUAGCAUCAGGGUCGCCAUUUUGAAGGUCCGUGCGCUCGCUGCACGCGCUGUGUUCGAAAUCUGCAUGGCAACUUGGAUACUUGAGACCUAUGGAAGACUUUAUACGCACUGAAACAUGGACAGCAGGACCACUUGUACGAAUGAACUUUCAAAAUGGCACGGCACUGGUGUUACCCUCUUGUGGAUCAAGGCUUAGUGCAUACCCCCUAUACCGCUGCAUUUCAGGAAGUUACAAAUGUUUUUGAGAGGUUUUGUUAGGACAAAAGGAGCUUUGUCAUAGGGUCUCCUUAGUUCAAAAGAUAACAACACGUUGCAUGUUUAGACGACACAAUGACCUUUGAAACCUCAGGAUCCAUAAGCCAUGCUGUCUAAGAGGUUGUACACAUCGUAGGAUAGUGGUUUGUAGAUGAGAUUGAAUAAUGUAUCACGAUGUCGUUGUGCCUAACGUAGUGCAAAGUUGUUCAUGUAGGAUUCUUUUAAUUCCUAGCUGCGUAUUGGUGAAGCAACAAAGUGCAAAACCUUCCUUGUGGCCAAUAUUUUGGUUCAUGAUAGAGCAACAUAGCUGCACCUUUUGCUAGUGUAGCUAUGUUAUCUGUCAUCAUCACAAGUGUCUAGCAUUGCAUUUAUCAUUUUCUAUUAACUUAUCUGCACAUGUGCCUUGCUAUCCUUCUCAUGAAGACCAUUCAGUUGUAGUUUUUCUCUCACGUACGUGAAUAUUUUGAGGAUUUUUUGAUGUCACAUUUUUUAUGACUUCAUUCUGUAUAAAAGUUCCAGACAUGGGCAGUAAAUGCACACAUAAUGGAUAA